AUGGCAGAGAGAGCAGUGGAAGUCCAAAAAGAUUUGUAUCUGUGCUUUAUUGAUUACAGUAAGGCAUUUGAUAAAGUGAGACACCAAGAAAUGUUCAAGAUGCUGGAGGUUCUAGAUAUUGAUGGAAAGGAUUUGCAAUUAAUUAGGAACUUAUACUGGAAACAGUUGGCAGCCAUCAGGAUUGAAGGAGAGACAGGCAAGUGGUCUUCGAUUAAACGAGGAGUUAGACAGGGAUGUGUUCUGUCACCAGAUCUGUUCAAUUUAUACAGUGAAGUCAUCUUGAGAGAGAUUAAGAACAUGCCUGGUGAGAAAAUCGGGGGUGUGAAUAUAAACAACUUGAGAUAUGCAGAUGACAUUGUAUUGAUAGCAGAAAGUGAAUUAGAUCUUCAAAAUAUAAUAAACAAAUUUUUCAAGAAUAGGCAGCUGCAAGUAAAAACAAAGCUUCGACUGCUAGAAUGCUAUGCGUGGUCUGUUCUAAUUUAUGGGUGUGAUGCUUGGACUAUCAAUGAGAACAUGAAGAAACGAAUAGAAGCAGUGGAAAUGUGGUUCCUAAGAAGAGUCUUAAGAAUAUCAUGGACUGACAGAGUGAGCAAUGAAGAGGUUUUAGAAAGAGCAGGAGUAAAGAGAAAGUUGAUGAAGGUAAUCAGGAAAAGACAAAUGCAUGGAAAACCUGGAGAGAAAGAGCUGGAAGACCACGAUCACCAACAUCCUGGAAGGACAAGGCACUUAGAAGAAGACAACACAGUGAUGGGAACACACGAGACGAGUCUCGGGGUAAGCGCUGAGUGCGGCGUCGGGGCGCCGACCCUCCAGCCCUGUGCAGCCGAAGGCUGGGUGGCGACCUUGACACGGCGAGCGCUGGGCACGAACUCGGGCCAUCCUUGA